AUGAGCACAGUUCAAGAAAAGUUUGAUCUUGUUUAGAAAUUUAUUAAAUCAGGAAAUACAGGAGGAAAGGAGUUGGACAAUUCAUAGAAAUUGUAACUUUAUGCUCUGUUCAAACAAAUUUCUGAAGGACCUUGCAAAGGUUCAGCUCCAAGUAAAUUAAAAGUAGUAGAGAGAGCUAAAUAUGAUGCUUGGAAAAAGUUAGGAAACAUCUCUAAAGAAAAGGCUUAAGAAUUAUACAUUAAAGUAAUUGAAGGCGUUUGGCCAAAAUGGAAUGAAAAAGCUAAGCUUUGA